AUUCUCUUCUCUCUCGUCACCCAAAAUCAGACCGUUACAAAAAUUAAACCUUUUUUCACUUUAUCAACUUCAACAAUGAUGAAAAGUCAAAGAAUCCCAAGAACAACUUACCAGAAAAGCACUUAUUCAAUCAACCAUUACCACAGUGUUAACAAAGUGAAAAACACAUCCCCAACAACCUCAAAUUUCAAUUUCAACAUUUCAUCAUCAGAAUCAAAACCAAUUACUAGCAUGUCAAAUAGAGACACCAUUCUGGAACCUCUUCUUCAUGUCCUUGAUCCCAUUUCAUUGAUCCUUAACCAUAAUUCAAAUUCAGACCAACCUUGUCCUCUUAGAUUCACCUCUUUAGAAGAUAGCUUUAUUAUGGAGAGAGGACCCAAUUAUAAUGCAUAUGCUGAAUUCAGGGAAAAGAGGUUGCGUUUAAGGUGUUUGAUGGAAGUUCAAGAAGAAAAUUCGGAGAUUGAAAUUGAACCGGUGAAACUUGCCACCACAAUAACGAAACAGGUUAGGUUUCAAGAUGAAAGUUUUGAGAUUGAAUCACAAAAGCUUGUAGCCCCAACAAGGAAAAAUGCAAACUUUCAAAGUGGAUUAGCUUAUGGGAGAAGAGAGUCUUUUGGAAAAGAAGUCAAAUUUGAGAUUGAAAAACCGAAACUUGUAGCUCCAACAAGGAAAGAGGUUAAAUUUCAAGGUGGAGUGGCUAGUGGGAGAAAAGGGUCUUAUGCUGUUGCUCAAUCUGUGCCUGAUUUCUCUGCAGUAUUGAGGAAAGAAAAUAGGAAGCCGUCGAAUUUUCUGCCUUCGGUGAAGGAGACGAAGACGCCACCGCCUUCUAAGAGUAGUUUCUAUAAGGAUAAUAACAUGACAGGGUCAAGUUCAAGAGGAAGUAAAUCAGAGAGUGCACAGGAGAAGAAGAAAACGAUUGGCGGCGGGGGCGGUGUGUUGAUGGGAAGGAAGAGUUAUGCUAGCUUGGAUGAGCUUAAGAGUUUGUCUUCUGCUACUGCCAUUGCCAUCAAUGGUGAAGGUAGAGGAGGAAGGAACAGUAGAGUUUUGAGGAAGUCAGUUUCGGUUCAUAGACAGUUUUGAAUGUGAGGAGGUUCCUUAAAGUUUGGAUUUUUUAAAAGUUGUUUGUUGAAUAAGAGAUGCUGUGGUGAUGAUUGUUCUUCUAUUUCUCUUUUAUUUUUCAAUAUUCAUUCUAUUUGAUUUUUUGAAUUUUACUUUUGAGUGUUUUAUUACUAUACUAUGUAAAGCUUUGAUGUAAGCAAGAGUGUUGAUUGUAACACAAAUAUUAUACAAAAAAUACUUAGAUUUAUCAUUCUUACAUCAGAACAAAAAAUAUCACACAAAUUACUGGUGAUAUAUUCUAAUGAACAUCUAGAGGAGUUAUAAUAAA